CAAUGGGAGCGCGGCUGGCCGGGUAUAAAGCCCCGCUCCGCUGGGACCGGCCCGGAGAGCUGCUGGACCCACUGCUGACUCUCACUCCUCCGGCGGAAACAUAGGGAUCUUCGUCUCAUCCCCCAGUAGUAGUAGUAAUAGUCCGCAGGAACAGGGCGCAGUCAUGCCGUUCGGUAACACGCACAACCAGAUGAAGAUGAAAUACGCUUCGAAGCAGGAGUACCCGGACCUCAGUAAACACAACAAUCACAUGGCGAAGAUCCUGACUCCGGCCGUGUACGAGCGGCUGAGGAGCAAACAGACUCCCAGCGGAUUUACCCUGGAUGAUGUGAUCCAGACCGGGGUGGAUAACCCAGGCCACCCUUUUAUUAUGACCGUGGGCUGCGUGGCUGGAGACGAGGAGACGUACGAAGUGUUCAAGGAGCUGCUGGAUCCCGUGAUCGAGGACAGACACGGAGGAUACAAACCCAGUGACAAGCACAAGACUGACAUCAACUCAGACAAUCUGAAGGGCGGCGACGACCUGGACCCCAACUACGUCCUGAGCUCCCGAGUGAGAACUGGCCGCAGCAUCCGUGGCUUCUGUCUGCCCCCACACUGCAGCCGGGGAGAGAGGCGGGCUGUGGAGAAGCUCUCCAUUGAAGCUCUGGACUCUCUGAGUGGAGACCUGAAGGGGAAAUACUUUGCACUGAAGAACAUGACUGAUGCUGAGCAGCAGCAGCUCAUUGAUGACCACUUCCUGUUUGAUAAGCCCGUGUCUCCCCUCCUCCUGGCCUCCGGGAUGGCCCGGGACUGGCCCGACGCCAGAGGCAUCUGGCACAACGAUAACAAGACCUUCCUGGUGUGGGUGAACGAGGAGGAUCAUCUCCGUGUCAUCUCCAUGCAGAAAGGAGGCAACAUGAAGGAAGUGUUCACUCGCUUCUGUACCGGACUCACCAAGAUCGAGACCCUGUUCAAGGAGAGGGGCCAUGCUUUCAUGUGGAACGAGCACCUGGGCUACGUCCUCACCUGCCCGUCCAACCUGGGCACCGGCCUGCGCGCUGGGGUGCACGUCAAGCUGCCACACCUCAGCAAACACGCCAAGUUUGAGGAGGCUCUCAAGAGACUGAGGCUGCAGAAACGUGGAACUGGCGGCGUGGACACGGCUGCCGUGGGCGGAGUGUUCGACAUCUCCAACGCCGACCGGCUGGGCUUCUCCGAGGUGGAGCUGGUGCAGAUGGUGGUGGACGGCGUCAGGCUGAUGGUGGAGAUGGAGAAGAAGCUGGAGAAGGGCCAGGCCAUCGACGACAUGAUGCCUGCCCAGAAGUAAAGUGUCCCAAAACCAUUCCUGCCCCACUGUUCCCUUUUCCCCUCCUCCCGAACCACUGCCCAGGAAUGCACUUACGGUCUGGAUUUGUGUAUUUAAGAUGAAAACCUUCCAGUGAUGAACAUCUGAAAUAAAAGUUAUGGUUCAAGCAGAA